UUUAUAAAGAGAAACUCACUGAGUCAACAUUUCUAGUGGGAGAAACUAACUCAAAAACCCAACCAAACACAAACAAAACAAAACCCAGUUUUUUUAGAGACACGAAAACAUGGCUACACACAUCCCUGAUGAUUUCAAGUGUCCAAUUUCACUAGAAAUCAUGUCCGACCCGGUUAUUCUCUCUUCGGGUCAUACCUUUGACCGCUCCUCAAUUCAACGGUGGCUCGACUCCGGCCACCGUAGUUGUCCAAUCACCAAACUCCCCUUACCUGAACACCCUCGUCUUAUACCCAACCACGCCUUGAGAAGCCUGAUUUCCAGCUUUACAAUCCAAAAAUCACAACCAGACCCGAACCCGUAUCGGAAUCCGAACCCAUCGAAGAAACACCAAACCCAGUUCUUAAUCUCCGCUCUCGUUUCCCCAUCUUCGACUCUGGAGUCCAGUCUUCACUCACUGAGUCAACUCACUAGACUCACCAAGCUAGACCCGUGUCUCCGCCGCCAAAUCACCGAGUCUGGUGCAGUCUCAACGAUUCUAAACUGUGUCGACUCGACCGAGUCAGAGAUCCAAGAGAAAGCACUGGCCCUCCUCCUUAAUCUUUCUCUUGAUGAUGAUAACAAGGUGGGCCUUGUAGCUGAAGGUGUAAUUGGUCGGGUCAUUAAUGUUAUCCGGGUCGGGUCGCCAAGUUCUCGGGCCAUUGGUUGCACAAUGUUGACAAGUUUGGCUGUUGUGGAAGUCAACAAAGCCACAAUUGGAGCGUACCCGAAUGGGAUAAAAACGCUUAUUUGGGUUCUAUAUAAUGGAAAAGGGCGUGAAGUGAGAGAAGCAGCCACUGCGUUGUAUGCGAUUUGUUCAUUUGUUGAUAAUAGAAAGCGUGCUGUGGAGUGUGGAGCUGUGCCAAUUUUGAUGAAAAUUGGUGGGAUGGGGCUUGAAAGAGCGGUGGAAGUGUUGAGUUUGUUGGUGAAAUGUAAGGAAGGGAGGGAGGAAAUAAGGAAGGUUAAUGGGUGUUUGGAAGUUUUGGUUAAGGUUAUUAGGAAUGGGAGCGAAAGAGGGGUGCAAUGUGCGCUUUUUACAUUGAACUGUUUGUGUAGUUUCGCAGAGGAAAUGCGUGUAGAGGCCAAAAAAGAUGGGGUGUUGGAGAUUUGUGUUGGGUUUUUGGAUGAUGAGAAUGAAAAAAUUAGAAGGAAUGCAGCUAAUUUGGUGCAAAAUUUAAGUUGUAGGGGGUAGCAUGAAGAGAUUAUAGAUGGAGGGUGAAGAGUGUUGGAGGGAUGGAGGUGAAUUUUGGGGUUUGUUUUGGGGGCAUGGAUUUAUUUGGGUUGUUGGAUAGUUUUGUGUACAAAGAAAAGGAUCAGAGAUUUGAUAGGGAAUAUGAUAUAUGUUUUUUUUUUUAAUAAGUCAAAUCUCUGAAAUUUAAUGGUUGUAGUUGCAAAGGUUUCAAAUUGGAAAUUUUUUGUCUCCAAUCCGCUUUUAAUUUUUAACCUUUUUUCUUUCGCUGAAAGGUUUUUUUUUUUGGAAAAGGAGUAUCUGAUUCGGUAUUGAUAUGGCAACUGUUUCUGUUCUGUCAAAUACUGGGAUUGAAGAUAGUUGGAAUGCGAAAGGAAACAAUGGAAUACUGUUAGUUUGUUCUAAUGUAUUUCCUUUUAUCUUGAAUGAGUAUUUUAGAUGGUAGCUAUGCUGGUUGUUCGUUAUAAUAUGUUAAAUCGGAUCCUUUUAAGCUUGAAUGAGUGAUUUAGAUGGUAGCUAUUCUGGUUCAGUUCAAUGUUAAUCGGAUUUAUUUAAUCUUGAAUGGUUGAUUUAGAUGGUAUUAGUUAGUAUAUAAAACCUUGAACUCGUUGACCAUGUUCAACAAUUCGCCUCAUCAUUGCUGUCAUUCCUUCCUACUGUGUCUCCUAUUACUUGCUCUAUUUUCCUGAUUUUACGCUUCAAUUUAUUCUCUUCUCUGACGUUGCUUGGGUUGCUAUUGGUUUUUCACUGAGACUGCAAGUUUAUGGGAUUGGGAUGAACACUAGCUUAUAUGAUAAAAUUAUUCAUUCAUGUAGAAAAUGACAUGCGUUGGUAUACUAAGAGUUUGCUCAAUACCAUAGGUCUUGUGUUACUUUGUUUAAUGUAUUGUGUAGGUAUGAAUCUAUAGAAAGAUUUGAUAAGUUGUGAUAAAGUUUUAGCUGUGAUGUUCGAUGUCUUGAUUUACAAUAGCUCUCUUAGUGAUUUUGUUGAUUUCUAAGAUAGAUGUUAAAGUUUUCAUGCAUUUUUCUUGUGUUCCUAAAGAUUUCUGGUUGUUGUAACUUGGUUUUCUCUUAGUCCAAAUGUUUUGGUAGAAAUGCGGUUAUCUGUUGCUCUGUUGUUCACUGAUCACUGCCAUGCUGUGUUCUAAAGGUGGUUGCUCCAGCAUUUCAUUCUAGAAUUGCUUGCGCCGGGGGAAGUAGUGUUGUGCUUUUCUCUAAUAUUGGUUAGCAACUGUUCUUGAAUGUUCUUUUUUGUCUCACAACUGGUGGUUUAGUUUCCCAGAGCUUGUUUCUUAAGAGUUGCAUGCUUUACUCUCCUUAUAAUGUGCGAUGUACCCUGUUAUCUUGGCCAAUCAAUCCUGUUAUCUUGGCCAAUCAAAGCUAUGUAUAUAUAUACUCUUGCAUUCACGAGGGAGAUGAAGGAUCGACAGGCUAUCUUAGUGUAGUCAGCCUGAAAGUAAAAAAAUUAUGGUUGAAAGUGCAUUCAACACCAAAAUUAAACCGCGGAAGGUGGUCUGGCUGGAUCAUCUCUGUCGGUUCUGGGAUUUAUUCUUUCUCAGGUCGGGAGUCAGGAUAGCAUUUGGCAGUAUAUGGUCUACUAGGCUCAAAUGCAGAUGAACUCAAGGACCUGUAUGUUCUCUUCCCAUGUUCAAUGCAGAAAGCUAUGGUAUUUUGGCUGGUAAGUCGCAGUUUUGUUUGUGAAUCAGACCUGAAACGUUUUGGUGAAGUUGGUAUUAGUAGGCUGAUUGCGGUUUUGAUUCCGUUCAAGUCAUAAGAAGAAGCAGUAAAGCAUCUUAAACUUUUACAUUUAUGAAACCUAGGAAACUUCUUGGUAGCCAAUUUUGACUUGUUUUGGCAAUAUGUUGCAGUGACAGCCGGCAUAGAACAUUGAACAAGUGAUUUGUGUCUUUGCGUGUGAAAAGCUGAUGGUGGAUUGGAUUUCUUUUUGAAUACAAGAUGAGAAGCUUUUCUUGUUUUCGUGGUUAAUAUUUAGGCAUGCGUGGAUUAAAGUAAUUGGUAAAAGAAGCAUCAAGCCGAAGUGAAUGUCUCCUCCAACAAGUGAAGUUUAAUGCUUUUACUUUGUUUAUCUCUCUCCAUUGGUGGAAUAUAAGAUAAGGGCCAUGGUGUGCUAAUCAAAAAAACUCCGAAUACUAUUGUUUUGUCCUAA